CACCAGUGCCUGCGGGACAGGACCGAUUUCCCAUGUCCCUGGAAGAAAGGAACUAACAUCACACAGAUGACUCUGGGAGAAACCACCAGUUGCUACUCCCAGACCCUCAGGCAGGUCCUCCACCUCUUUGACACANAGGCCAGCAGAGCUGCCUGGCCAAAGAGGGCGCUGGACCAGCUACUAUCUAGCCUGUGGCGUGAGCUGCAAGUGCUGAAGAGGCCAAGAGAGCAGGGCCAGGCCUGUCCACUGCCUUUUGCCCUGGCCAUCCGCACCUACUUCCUAGGCUUCUUCCGCUAUCUGAAGGCAAAGGCACACAGCCCUUGCUCCUGGGAGAUCGUCAGAGUCCAAUUGCAAGGGGACCUUCCGGCGUUCCCACUGUCUGUGAGAAGAGGCCCAAGAUGA